AUGGAUAAAGCCCACUGCGAAGAAAACAGAAAACACCACGAUAAUUGUGAUGUUAGUACCGGAGACGUAUCGAAGAAGAGCUUUAGAUGGUUUCACAAGAUUAGAUCAUAUGUAGCUCUACUCUUUACAUUGAUCGUUGUUGAAUGCGCUAUGUUUGCUUAUAUGGCGUCUGUCCUCCCAACGCUUGAACGACGGUAUAGUUUCACUUCUCAGCAAAUAGGAACUUUGGUAAUUGCAAGUCAAUUCUUGUCCGAACCAUACGAAUAUGACCAAGCCAGCAACAAUACUGGCGGUGUAAGUGAGUUUGGCUUGUGUUCAACUGCUGUAAGUGAAAGUCAAGAGUUAAACGAAGAUGAAAUUGAACAGUCACAAGAAGGUCGUGUGGCAUAUAAUCUGUAUUUCUUGGGACGUAUGAUUUCUGGAAUUGGAGGGACGUUCUACAGUACCCUGGGUUAUUCUUAUGUUGACGACUUUUCAGGCAAAAAAUCGGCAUUUUAUAUAGGCAUAAUCGAAGCGUCAUGGGGCAUAGGCCUACCUCUUGGAUUUGGAGUCAUCAGCUCUGCUUGUCUCAGCAUAUACGUAGAUUUUUACCGUGUAGAUAUGAACACAAUUGGUCUGACUGAUAAAGAUCCACGUUGGGUUGGAGCAUGGUGGCUAGGUGGAAUUGGCGGAGCUAUCGCCCUGUUGUUGCUGUCCAUUCUGUUCUGUUUCUUCCCAAGAGAAAUGCCAGGAGGGCGAAGGGAGAUCCCCGAGUCGGAAAGCAGAUAUACCAAGAACUCCGACGUUGUUUCAUAUAGCGGAAUGAACGUUUUACUCCACGGGAAAGAAAUACUGGUCAAUGCAUGGAACAUGUUGAAAAAUCCAAUUUUUAUAUUGACUGUGCUUGCCUAUGCUAUCAACAAUCCAGUAGGCUUCGUAAUAUUCUUGCCAAAGUACUUCCAAAAAGAUCUGGGUUUCACAUUUAGUACUGGGAACUUAAUCAUAGGUUUUCUUUGGCUGUUUCCAAACUUUCCGGCUUGCCUUGUUUGUGGAUACAUUAUCAAGCGACUAAAAUUAAAGCUGAUUGGGUUGAUGAAAUGUUGCAUAAUAUUAGUUGGUGUCAUCGUUGUGUCUAAUGGUCUAGCCAUGGUGUUUCCGUGUGAAGGCCCUUAUUUGGAAAGAAGCCGGGAUAGCAGUCUAAUCACAGAAUGUAAUACAGACUGUAGCUGCAAAUUAGAUCAUUACCAACCUGUUUGUGGUUCAAAUGGUCUAAAUUAUUACUCGCCGUGUUAUGCAGGAUGUUCAGAAAGUAUUGGUCCUAAGAAUUACACCAUGUGUGCAUGUAUUGACGACAUUAACUUGGAAAGCACAUUUGCUUCAGAUGAGCUGUGUAUCGAACCAAUAUGUAACUAUGUUGCGGGAUUCAUGUUUUUCAUGGCAGUAUUCGCAAUAGCUAAUGCUACAAUUAGUCUUCCAGUUACUAUGGUUACUUUAAGGUGUGUUGACGAAAACAAGAAGUCAUAUUCUCUUGGAAUGAAGAGCACAAUUCGUAACCUUUUGUUGAUUCCGUACAGCAUUGUAGCUGGAAAACUCAUGGACUCUACGUGUAUACUGUGGCGCGAGGAAGGAGGUGAACGUGGUGCAUGCGCACAAUAUGACAAUUACCUCUUCCGGGUGGUAUUCCUUGGAGCAAGUUGUGCCCUAAGUGGUGUGUCAUUCAUCAUGUUUUGUUUUACUUUGUUCCUCCUUAAACGCCGACAUCAGGAUGAGGGAUGUGAUGUUCAAAUAGGAAUGAGUACACCAGAAGGGCUCGACAACCCUACAUUUGCGGUCGAAAAAAAUGGUGUAACCAAGGAAGCAACAAAAAACCUCUCAAUUCAGCAAGAAAGUAUCAUGACAAGUGCUGGUUCCAUUGGUUCACUCAUUAGUAUUCCAUUUAUCAGUUAUUUUCAUGGUGGACAGAAUCGACAUAGACCACAAUGGAUCGGAAUCGGUGUUCUCAUCUCGGGUUCAUCAAUAUUUCUCAGUAUUCUACCCCUAUUUUUUUCUAAGCCCUAUUCAUACGAUCAGACCGGUAAUUAUUCUGCCAGUGAUGGAGAUGCUGGUUCUUGUUCUAAUACAAGUCAGUCUUGCAUGGAAAACGUGCGCGUACACAAAGAAGAAGACACUCUGGCGUUUUAUUUGUCAUUCAUUGGUCGUUUCUUAUCUGGAAUUGGAUCGAGUUACUACAAUACGCUUGGGUUCUCAUUUAUAGAUGACUUUUCAGGUGAUAAGUCAUCUUUCUACAUUGAAAUGCUGCAUAUUGUGUGGAGCCUGCUGAAGAACCCUAUAUAUCUAUUAACCGUGAUUGGUUGUUCUCUCUCCCAUCCUGUUGGUUUUGUGUUAUUUCCACCGAAAUAUUUUCAAAAAGAUCUGGGUUUCAGUGCAAGUACCGCAAAUCUUAUCAUAGCCUUCAUGUGGCUGUUUCCAGAAUUUCCCGUGAAUAUUGCAUUGGGAUACUUUAUCAAAUGGAAGAAACUGAAAUUGACCGGCUUGACUAAAUUUAGCAUAAUUAUAGUUUGUGGUCUAAUUGUAUUAAAUGGUCUUGCAUUAUUUUUACAGUGUGAAGAGCCUUAUCUUGUUGAAAGCAGGCAAAAUUACAGUGAUUGUACAUGUAUUGAUAAUAAGAGGCCCGAGACUACGUUUGCUACAAGUGAAUUAUGUAUUGAGCCGAAAUGUGCACGUUUUAUUCCGUUUAUGUUUAUUAUGAUGUUGACAGCCAUUGCUAAGUGUAGCACUGAUUUACCAAGCACCAUGGUUUUAUUAAGAUGUGUUGAUGAAGGCAAGAAGUCAUUUUCGAUUGGUAUUAAAACCAUCAUAGGCUCGCUAAUAUCCAUACAACUGGGCAUUAUUGCUGGGAAACUCAUUGAUCUCACAUGCAUUCUCCGACGAGAGAAAUGUGGUGUACGCGGAGCAUGCGCACAAUACAACAACGCCAUGUUUCGUGUACUGUUCAUAGGCGCAGAUAUUUCCGCCAGAAUAAUUGCCGUAUUGUUCUACAGCAGUGCUUUAUUUAUACUCAGAAAACGACAAGUGAAAGAAUCUGAGGAACGUGUUGAAUAUUCCACUAACAGUAUUGCAGAACCCGACGAUAUAUUGGGCAGACUUCUCGAGAAGACAUGA